CGCCACUGAAGAAGGAAAAGAAGGCAGCAGAGGCAAGGAUAGAACAGGGCCAGACUACCGGAGGGCCUGCUGUUUGCUGCUUACGCACACAACCACACAAGCACUACCACCGCACCCAAUGUCGGACAUUGCCAUCGACCCGGCGCUUUUCAGAAGAAGGUUGCAUUUGAUCCAGAAGAACAUCUUCUCCAAUGAAUCGUUCCAGAAGGUAAACGGGCUGCUCAUUGUCGUGGGCUCGUCAGACGACUCGAACCCGUACCAGAAGUCCACUGUCAUGCACACGUGGCUUUUGGGGUACGAGUUUCCCGCCACAGCCAUCUACAUCACGAACAAGAAGAUCUAUUUUGUCACGUCGGUUUCCAAGGCAAAGUAUUUGCAGCCUUUGGUCAGUUCAGCCAGCAGCAGCAACAACAUUGUGAUUUUCUCGAGAAACAAGGACCCGGAGCACAACAAGAAUCAGUUUGAAAAGUUCUUCAAGGAGGUGGAGAACACCAUUUCGGAAGGCAACAACUCAGUCGGGGUUCUUUCGAAGGACAAGUACCAGGGAAAAUUCAUCAACGAGUGGAACCCGCUGUGGGACGAACACAAGGCGAAGUUUGACUUGAAAGACGUUUCUCUCGGCGUCUCGGAAACUCUCGAGUUCAAAGACGAGGAGGAGCAGAGAAACCUCAGAACCGCAGCAAGGACCUCUGUCAACAUGAUGAGCUUCUUCACCGAUGAGAUGUCCAAGAUUGUCGAUGAGGACCUGAACGUUUCCAACUCGAAGCUGGUGGACAAGAUUGAGAAUAAAAUUGACGAUGCCAAGUUCUUCAAAAGCAUCGAAACGAACAAGGCGAUGAAAAAGCUAGGCAAGGACUUCGAUCUGAACAACCUAGACUGGUGCUACAAGCCCAUUGUCCAGUCCAACGGUAAGUACGAGUUGAAAUUCUCUGUCGAAUCGACCAACGACAAGCUUUCUGGACCCGUUAUUAUGGCUUCGUUGGGCUUGAGAUACAGCAACUAUUGCUCAUCUUUGUCUAGAACAUUCCUCAUUGCCCCUUCAAAGGAAAUGGAAAAAAACUACGAGUUCUUGUUUUCCCUGCAAGAACACCUUUUUGCGACCUUGAAAGACGGUGCCAAGUUCAGCGAUGUUUAUGGUGAAGCCGUACAAUUUAUCGAGCAAAACCGUCCAGAGUUGAAAAAUCAUUUUGUGAAAAACAUUGGUUCCCUAAUAGGUAUAGACUUUAGAGAUACUGCAGGUGUGAUUAACGCCAAGAACGACAGAGUAUUCAAGGAAAAUUCUGUUGUCAACUUGGUGUUGGGCUUCAGCAAUCUCGAAGAUUCAGAAAAAGGUCAAUAUGCUCUUUUACUCUCGGAUACAGUUAGAAUCACGGGCUCAGAGCCAAUUAUUCUUACCGAGUCCCCGAAAUUGAAGAAAGAAAUUGCCUUUUAUUUUGACGAGAACGACAACAUCAAGGAAGAGGGAGAACUCGAGGCCAGUGGUUCCAAAAUCAAGUCAGAAAAAUCGACCGACUCAAAAUCAUCUAAAUCCUCAAAAUCUUCAUCCACAAAGGUGAAAAAUGAACCUUCUGUGAAAACUGAAAACUUUGGUAAUACACGUGUUUUGAAGGCAAAACGUAGAUCAGAACAGAACAAUGCAGAAGAAGGUCAAAUACAGAUACAUAAAGAAAUUCAGUCCGAACUUCAUUCUAAAAGGCAAAAAGAGGGCUUAGAACGUUUCAAUCCCGAGGAUGCUAAAGACGGCAGCGAACAACGUGCCAUUUUCAAAAGAUAUGAAUCCUACGUCCGUGAAUCCCAGAUUCCAAACAAUGUCAAAGAUCUCAAGAUCCACAUCGAUUCAAAAAAUCAAACUAUUAUACUUCCAAUAAUGGGCCGUCCUGUUCCUUUCCAUAUAAACUCUUACAAGAACGGUUCGAAAAUUGAAGAAGGAGACUAUACUCAUCUGCGUUUGAACUUCAACUCUCCGGGUUUGAUGAUCACCAAGCGUGAAGAAUUGCCAUACGAAUCAGGUGAAGAUAAACAGUUUAUACGUAGUUUGACUUUCCGUUCUAAAGAUGGUGCUCGUAUGACUGAAGUUUUGAAAAGAAUCAGCGAAAUGAAGAAAUCAGCUGUCAAGCGUGAAUCUGAAAAACGUGAAAGAGCAGAUGUUGUUUCUCAGGCAUCACUUAUUGAAGUUAACAGACCUAAAAGAUUGGAUAAUGUUUUUGUUCGUCCAACACCAGACACCAAGCGUUUCCCCGGGUUUGUCACUAUCCAUCAAAAUGGUAUUCGUUACCAAUCACUAACCAGAGAUCAAAGAGUUGAUGUUCUUUUCAGUAAUAUAAAGCACCUCUUCUUCCAGUCUUGUAAAGGUGAAUUGCUUGUCAUCAUCCAUGCACAUUUACGUACUCCAAUAAUGAUUGGUAAGAAGAAGACAUAUGAUGUCCAGCUUUACCGUGAAGCAACUGACAUGUCUAUUGAUGAGACAGGUAAUAGAAAACGUAAAUAUCGUUAUGGCGAUGAAGACGAACUUGAACAAGAACAAGAGGAGAGACGUCGUCGGGCUAUGUUAGACAAAGAAUUUCGUGCCUUUGCUGAAGCUAUAGCUGAUACAUCCGGCGGUCUGGUUGACUUGGAUAUUCCUUUCAGAGAAUUAGGAUUUCAAGGUGUUCCAAGUCGUUCUGCAGUGGUUUGCUUACCUACGCGUGACUGUCUUGUUCAACUCGUUGAUUUGCCAUUUUUGGUUAUCACACUUGAAGAAGUCGAAAUUGCUCACCUUGAACGUGUGCAGUUUGGGUUGAAGAACUUUGAUAUGGUAUUUGUAUUCAAAGAUUUUUCACGCCCUGUUGUACAUAUAAGUACAAUCCCGAUGGAAACAUUGGAAGAUGUGAAAGCUUGGUUGACUGACGUUGAUAUACCUUACAGUGAAGGUCCUGUUAAUUUGAACUGGCCGACAAUUAUGAAGACUAUUCAAAGUGACCCUUUUGGUUUUUUCCAAGAUGGCGGUUGGUCUUUCUUAGGAGGUGACGGGGAUAGCGAAGAAGAAGCAGAAGAGGAAACCGCAGAGAGUGACUUUGAUCCAAGUGACGAAGACCCUCAAGAUGAAGAAGAUUACAGUGAAGAUGCAGAGGAUGAAGAGGAAGAGGAAGACGACGAUGAUGAUGAUGCCAGUGUCGAGGAAGACGACGACGAUGUUGCAGAUAGUGAUGACUUGUCUGAAGAAGCCUUUAGUGAUUGAAACUGUAUACUGUGCCAUACCUUACUUCCACACUGUUGUGUAAGUUGUACAAUUUUUUAACCUUCUGUAAUUUUGUUUUUCAAUUAUAAAAGAAUGCUCAACAAUCUAGUAGUGAUCUCUCAACAAAAUAUAUAGAUCUAUAAAAAUGGCAUCCAA